AUGGAUGUGCGAUCGAGCCCCCAAUCAACACACCACAUCGACGGAUGGUCGAAUCAGAUUGACAGCGAUGAGGUCGGUACAACUUACUACUUAAUUACUUACUGGGUACUUAAUAGUUAUAGGAAUGAUUCUGGCAAAACAUCCUCUGAUGAGAGCUGUUAUUUUCUGCUUUGUUUCGGCUGGUACCAAAAGGCUCAAAAGCCUGGAUCUCUCUUGCUGGAACGCCCCAUUUUUCUGCCCUGA